AUGUCCUUGAGUGGCGACGCGAGCACGAGCCAGUCUUCUCCGUCAACGACAGCUUUGUCUCUGUCCUUGAACAGCUCCACCUCUCCACACUCCCUACCAUGGGAGGAGGGAAGAACCAGUCGUGGGUCUGUGCAGGAGCGGCCGGGGAAUGAGACCGCGCUUCUCUCAAACCUCUUUGUUCUUGGGCAUGAAGAGCAGUGCCAUAUGUCUCCUGUCAUCACAGGGUGUCUAGUCGUGUGGUACAGCAUUACAAUGGUACUGGGGCUGGUGGGGAACAUCGGCCUCAUCUGCAUCAUCACCCGUCGCAGAGAAAAAGUCAAUGUCACUAGCAUUUUCAUCUGCAACCUGUCAUUCUCUGACAUUCUGGUGUGUGUCUUCUGCCUGCCCUUCACUGUUAUAUACACACUCAUGGACCAUUGGGUGUUUGGGUCGCUGUUAUGUCGCCUGGUGCCGUUCAUCCAGUGUGUCUCUGUGACUGUUUCCGUGCUGUCCCUGGUGUUCAUUGCUCUGGAAAGACAUCAGCUCAUCAUUAACCCCUCUGGGUGGAAACCCAGCAUUCCCCAGGCCUACAUGGCAGUUGUUCUCAUUUGGAUUCUUGCCUGCUUCACCUCUACGCCUUUCUUGGCCUUUCAGCUACUCACAAAUGAGCCCUACGCUAAUGUAAUCCUGCCCCAGUCUCCACUUCAUCACCAAGCCUCUCCUCAGACUUAUCUCAAUGCCUGUCUGGAGCACUGGCCAUCCCAGCAACACAGGCUCGCUUACACCACAUGGCUCCUGCUUUUCCAGUACUGUGGCCCACUACUGCUGGUCCUGCUCUGUUAUGUUAGAGUUUUUGUGCGCCUUCGCCGCCGCAAAGAAAUGCUUGACCGGGCCAGGACCCCAGAGAACCAUCGCAUGACCCACAGCCGCCGAAUCAACAUCAUGCUGGUCGCCCUCAUAACGGUCUUUGCUCUUUGUUGGCUGCCGCUCACCAUCUUCAAUGUGGUGUCAGACUGGAACCAGGAGGCUCUGCCCAUCUGCCACCACAACCUGUUGUUCUCUCUCUGCCACCUGUUGGCCAUGUCCUCCACCUGCAUCAACCCCAUAAUCUACGGCUUCCUCAACUCCAACUUUCGGCAGGAGGUGAGAGAGGUGCUCCUGCACUGCCGCUGCCGCCCACUUGAGGAAGAGUGUGAGCGCUUCCCCAUGUCCACUGUGCACAUGGAAGUGUCGCGCACCUCUGUGCCUCUCAGUUGCAGGAGCAACUCUGUCGGACUUUGA